AUGACAUUAUUAGCAAAGAUCUAUUUGUUAAUUACCGUGAUAGAGCUGUAUCAUGUCGCAAAUUCCACACCAAUUUUCGAGGCUAUAAAUAUAGAGAAAAAGAUAAAUUUACAGUUUAAACCAUUCAAGUUCAGACCGAUAACGUUCAUUACCGAAAAAUGGGGCCCGUUUGGAAAAUUCAUGGGAAGGAAACAUAUUAUCGAGCGGAGGGAUCUCGAAACUAAUGUAAUUGAUAAAUACGAAGAUGCUGCAACCAGAGUUAAAAAUCCCAAUGAACGGAUGAUUCCUGUUGAAGAAAAUGUAGAAGAUUCACCAAACUUAGCCCCACCGUUUAGACUACCUAUAAAAGUUAUUAUGCCACCUAGCAGCCCAAUACCAGCUGCAGAUGUAAAUACAAAUAGUGUUCCCAAUACGGUAAUGUCUCCGAGUAAUCUUCCACCAGCUAGAGGUUUGAACACAAAUAUUCUUUCCAGUGUCGUAACGUCUCCAAGAAAUCCCUCGUCAGCUACAAGCCUGAAUACCAAUUUUAACCCCGUAGCUGUGAUGACUCCGACUAAUCCACCACCAGCUGCAGGCUCAAACACGAAUAAUCAUCCUAAAGUAGUAAUGCCUCCGCCACCACCAGGUUUAAACACAAAUAUUAUUUCUUCAAUCCCAGGCAGUCCUUUCUUUACUCCUCUUAACCCUUAUAUGCGUCCUGUCGUGAAUCCACCUCCAAUUGUAGAAGUUAAUCCUAUUGGAGGACCUUUAAUUGUACCCAAAAAGCCUCCACCAACAUCUCCGGUUCCUCCCGUUUCGCCUGUCCCACCACCUAAAGAACCAAAUAAUGGUUCUAGGCCUAUGGGUAUUUUUGGUUUCAUUCGGGAUUUAUUUUCGGAGUUAAUGAUUCAACUUAUAACUAGGGCGCGAUCUUCCAUGAGCCAAUUAGGAAAUCCACCAGUUCAACAGUAA